UUCUAACAAAAGAAGAAGAAAACAAGUUACCUUAGAAUACAUGCCCAUGGAUAAAAAAAACACCAUUGUUGAUGUGAAUAUCUUGAAUAAUAACAUGAUUGCCCCUGCAAUGUUGCGUAUAUAUAGCAUUGCCCCAGCAAGGGUCUGAACUCACACAACUUGCAAUGUGUGACCCAACAAAACUUGGUUGAGUCUUCCUUUGUGUUUCAUGCACAGCAUAUGAACUCAUCCUCCUCCGCCGCAGAGUCCACCAUGGAAGACCCCUCCAACCACCGCCGCUCCAAGAAGCACCAGCGCCGCCACCGCCACCACCCCGCCACGACGACAACAACGGUGAGCACGACGACCGGGGAGUCGGACGGCGAGGAGGCGGAGGACGUCGGGGAUCCCGAGGCGUGGGCCACCCUUAACAAGGGGUUCCGGCAGGUGCAGUCGGUGCUGGAUCGGAACCGGCUACUGAUUCAGCAGGUGAACGAGAACCAGCAGUCUCGGAUGCACGACAACAUGGUAAAAAACGUGUCCCUCAUUCAGGAACUCAACGGCAACAUCUCCAAGGUUGUCUCUCUCUACUCUGAUCUCAACACCAAUUUCACCAACGUUUGCCAACAACGCUCCAAAAACUCCUCCAAAUAAUUAAUGUUUCGUGUCUGUGUCUAUUGUCGAAGUUGAAGAAUUUGUGAUGGUAAUUUUGGGCUUUGUUUUGUCAUCAAUUGUCGAUAAGGACGGUGAAAAGGCGAAGCAUUGUAUCGUCCUCUUUACUUCUUUCUCUGCAGAUACUAUUGAAAUAUUGAAUAAUAAAUAACUCCACUCUUUCUGUACUUCUAAAUCAAUAAAUUAACUUGUCAUUGGUCCUCUCUCA